UCCCUCGGACACAGCGGAUCACCGAUCUACGGAAAGAGACGAAGAUGUCGACUUGGUCAUGUGAUCAGCUGUGUCCAAUCACAGCUGAUCACAUGGGCCAUGUACACUGAUCAUCAGGGCACUGAUGAUCAGUGUGCCCUGAUGAUCAGUGUGUGGCCCCAGAAGUGCCAGCUGCCAGUGCUGAUCAAUGCCACAUAUCAGUGCCAGUGCACAUCAAUGCCACAUAUCAGUGCCCAUCUGAGCUGCCUUUCAGUGUCACCCUGUCAGUGCCACCUAUCAAUGCCAAUCAGUGCCAUAUAUCAGUGCCCCUUUCAGUGAUGCCCAUCAGUGAUGCCUGUCAGUGCCUCCUCAUCAGCCUCAUCAGUGCA